AUGGUGACGAAGAACUCCUCGGCCUACUGGUUAGGAGAUCAGAACCUCGAUUCCCUCCAGCGCCUCUAUGGAAUCGCUUUUCCCAAUGACAAGCUGCUGAAGCUGGGGCAGAAAGAUGGGAAAGAGUACAAGAAACUCCUCGAAGAGGCUGCCAAAAGAGAUCACAGGAACAUCGCGAAGCAGCAAGAGCUUCUAAUGUUCCAUCCCGUGAUGUCUCCUGGUUGCUGCUUCUGGUUCCCGAUGGGCACAAGGAUCUACAACAAGCUCAUCGAUUUCAUGCGCAGUGAAUACCGUCUUCGCGGCUUUCAGGAAGUUGUGACGCCUAACAUGUAUGAUUCGCGGCUCUUUAAGUGUUCUGGCCAUUACCAGAACUACCGGUCAGACAUGUACAGCCUGGAUGUGGAGACGCAGGAGUGGAUGCUUAAGCCAAUGAAUUGCCCAGGUCACUUCGUCAUGUUUGAUUCUCGGGUACGGAGCUACAAAGAGCUGCCCCUCCGCUAUGCGGACUUCGGUGUGCUGCACCGGAACGAGGCCUCAGGUGCCCUGACGGGCCUCACCAGGGUGCGGCGCUUCCAGCAAGACGACGGGCACAUCUUCUGUCGCCCAGACCAAAUCAAGUCGGAGGUGGCCAGCGCCUUGGACUUCUUGGACUUCGUGUAUAAGAUCUUCGGUUUCGAGGCCAGCUAUGCCUUGUCCACACGCCCAGUGAAGGCACUGGGAUCUAAGGAAAUCUGGGACAACGCCGAGGUGCAGCUGAAGGCAGCGCUGGACCAGUCCGGAAGGGAGUGGUCCUUGAAUCCGGGAGAUGGGGCAUUCUACGGACCCAAGAUUGACAUCCGAUUGCAGGAUGCUAUGAAGCGGAAGCACCAGUGCGGCACCAUUCAGCUGGACUUCAAUGGGCCAAUACGCUUUAACUUGCAAUACCGCGCAGAGGGUGUGGAUGAGAACGCAGAAGAAGAGGGCAAUGGGGAGUUCAAGGGCGCUGAGGAGAAGAAUGAUACGGGCGAGGUGAUGUGGCGUGAAGGUCGCCUGAAGAACGGUUUCGAGCGCCCGGUGAUCAUCCACCGCGCAAUCCUGGGUUCCAUCGAGCGCAUGUCGGCAAUCUUGAUGGAGCAUUACGCGGGGAAGUGGCCCUUCUGGUUAUCACCACGGCAGGUGCAAGUGGUGCCCGUGGGGACGCAAUUCAGUGAGUACGCGCUGUGGGUGGUGCGCCAGCUGCAAAUCCAUGGCUUCUAUGCAGAGGCAGAGACAAGUGGCAAGACGUUGAACAAGAAGGUGCGCGAAGCGCAGCUGGCACAGUGGAACUACAUUGCUGUCGUGGGGGCUGAGGAGCAGACUUCCUUGUCAGUGAACUUGAGAUCCCGAGAAUCCGCGCAGGCUUUGGGCUCCUUCUCCAUGAUGGACUUCAUUGCGAAGCUGGAUUCUGAGGCCAUGCCAAGCUCGCAGCCUCUGCGACAGUUCGAGCCGUUUCAGGGCCGGCUGCCCGAGACCAAAAAGCCGGAGCCAGAAGCAUCCAAGCAGAAAGGGCAGAAAGGUUCCUUGCAGCUGCGGAAGGCCAACAGCGACAGGUUUGCGUCGCUGUCCGUGGAGGAGGACGUGGAGGGUUUCCUGGAGAGCCAUCCUUACGUGAAAGGCUUCAGUCCGAGCAAGGCGGACGUGGAGCUUUUUGAUCAACUCUGUGAGUCCGGAGUGCCGGAGACGCCCAACUUGAAGCGAUGGUUCGACCACAUUGAGUCCUUCCCCAGCGCGGAGCGGGCGCAAUGGGUGACAGCCUAG